AUGAGAGGACAGAACAAAAUGAAAAUUAAUGUGAAAAUCAAAAGCCCAAGGAAUGUGAAGGAGGUGGAAAGUACUCUUUCUGGCAGCAGCACUGACGACCUUUUUGACAGCAGCGGUGACGACCUUUCUGGCAGCAGCACUGACGACCUUUUUGGCAGUAGCGCUGACGACCUUUUUGGCAGCAGCACUGACGACCUUUUUGGCAGUAGCGCUGACGACCUUUCUGGCAGCAGCACUGACGACCUUUUUGGCAGCAGCUCUGACGACCUUUUUGACAGCAGCGGUGACGACCUUUCUGGCAGCAGCACUGACGACCUUUUUGGCAGCAGCACUGACGACCUUUUUGGCAGCAGCACUGACGACCUUUUUGGCAGCAGCUCUGACGACCUUUUUGGCAGCAGCUCUGACGACCUUUCUGGCAGCAGCACUGACGACCUUUUUGGCAGCAGCACUCACGACCUUUUUGGCAGCUGCACUGACGACCUUUUUGGCAGCUGCACUGACGACCUUUUUGGCAGCAGCUCUGACGACCUUUUUGGCAGCAGCGCUGACGACCUUUCUGACAGCAGCGGUGACGACCUUUCUGGCAGCUGCACUGACGACCUUUCUGACAGCAGCGGUGACGACCUUUCUGGCAGCAGCACUGACGACCUUUCUGGCAGCUGCGCUGACGACCUUUCUGGCAGCAGCGGUGACGACCUUUCUGGCAGCAGCACUGACGACCUUUCUGGCAGCUGCGCUGACGACCUUUCUGACAGCAGCACUGACGACCUUUCUGACAGCAGCGGUGACGACCUUUCUGGCAGCAGCACUGACGACCUUUCUGGCAGCAGCACUGACGACCUUUCUAGCAGCAGCACUGACGACCUUUUUGGCAGCAGCACUGACGACCUUUCUGGCAGCAGCACUGACGACCUUUCUGGCAGCAGCACUGACGACCUUUCUGGCAGCAGCACUGACGACCUUUCUGGCAGCAGCACUGACGACCUUUUUGGCAGCAGCACUGACGACCUUUCUGGCAGCAGCACUGACGACAUUUCUGGCAGCAGCACUGACGACCUUUCUGGCAGCAGCACUGACGACCUUUCUGGCAGCAGCACUGACGACCUUUCUGGCAGCAGCACUGACGACCUUUCUGGCAGCAGCGCUGACGACCUUUCUGGCAGCAGCGCUGACGACCUUUCUGGCAGCUGCGCUGACGACCUUUCUGGCAGCUGCGCUGACGACCUUUCUGGCAGCAGCGCUGACGACCUUUCUGGCAGCUGCGCUGACUACCUUUCUGGCAGCAGCGCUGACGACCUUUCUGGCAGCAGCGCUGACGACCUUUCUGGCAGCAGCGCUGACGACCUUUCUGGCAGCUGCGCUGACGACCUUUCUGGCAGCAGCGCUGACGACCUUUCUGGCAGCUGCGCUGACGACCUUUCUGGCAGCUGCGCUGACGACCUUUCUGGCAGCAGUACUGACGACCUUUCUGGCAGCAGCACUGACGACCUUUCUGGCAGCAGCGCUGACGACCUUUCUGGCAGCAGUACUGACGACCUUUCUGACAGCAGCACUGACGACCUUUCUGGCAGCAGCGCUGACGACCUUUCUGGCAGCAGCACUGACGACCUUUCUGGCAGCUGCGCUGACGACAUUUCUGGCAGCAGCACUGACGACCUUGCUUCAUUCUCUCAUUAUCGUUCUGGCUCUCCACCUAUAUUGUUAUCUACCUAUGUUUUAUCUCGAUUUCCAUUAAAACAGGCACAAACAAGCAAGCAACGCAAGCCAACCAAGAACAUAGCAACAAUUUAA